AUGGGCAUAUCACCUGAAGAUCACUAUCUGUUGAAAAUUACAAAUGUGAAUAGCUUAGGUUCGCAGUGGGCAGAACUAGCCAAAAAGGUGGCAUCAGAUUCUGGGGCACUCAGCCUGGAUAAAGUUUUUGAACUUGUAGCUGAAGGUGAAAAGUUGCCUGUUAAUGCGAACGAGGAACUAAGGAUGUUAAGAGCACGAUGCAUGCUUUAUUGCAUUUGUCGAAAGCCCUUUGAUCCGGAAAGGAUGAUUGCAUGUUGUCAUUGUAAUGAGUGGUAUCACUUCGAUUGCAUGAAAUUACCAUGCACAAGAGAGGUCUACAUUUGUCCCGCGUGUAACCCAUGUACAGAAGGAUUACCUUCAAACCAUGACAGAUUAGUUAGUGGCAAAUUUGAGGAGCCUAAAACCCCGUCUCCCAGGCAUUCAAACCCUAGAAAGAAACAGAAGAGAGACGUGCCCAGUGUCACUUGCAAUAUGUUCGCUACCAGGGAUGUGGAUAGUGAGUUUAGGUAUUCGAGUGGGAUAGAAUGUCUAAAGUGGCAAAAUCGAAAGCCUUUCAGAAGAGCAGCUAAGAAACGUGUUCAACUUCGAAGUCUUUCUCCAUUUCUUUGCAUACAACAAUAG